UAUUACAGACUUAAUACGAACACAGUUUAAGAGCUCCAAUUUUCUCAGGAGAGCAAUCUGAUAAGCACGAAGACUGUGAUUGUUCUCCGUGUAAUCCCAUUGGUAGAAACAUUUGAGAUCUUAAAGAGAUAUAAUUUGUGUUUUUUCCUCUCAUGUGGGUGGCCAUGCGCUCUUCACACUCUAAUAAGAUUACUCCCACGCCACGGCAGGUGCAUAUUCACCAAUUUGAGCUCUCAAAAUAGAUGGCUGCCAUUAAGGCGGAUGAGACCUCAGAGGCUAGAUCGCAUUGCCACCCAACUUCGUGAUAUUUUCUCUGUGUGGGAAUCCUCGCUUUCCUCGGGAGUGAAUUAAAGACAGAGGGCAGCAGAGCUCCUAAAGCCGACUGCUCGAGAUGUGUUCGGCACUGAGGAGUUUCUGAUACUCUCCAGCCGUCUGAGGAGGAUUUGCAUGGCUUUACAACUCACGCGGUAAGACUUUCUGCGCUUCUUCAAUCGCUGCGCAGUAGCGCGUCAAGGAAAGUUAGCGACACUUCGCGCGCAAAGCGACUCGAUUUUUGGAUUGUUAUUCCGAUGGUUGACAAGUCGUUGGAUGAGGAGGUGAGCAUGCUGUAAUACAUGAAGAUGCGCCAGAGGUCGUGGCUCUUUAAGUGGUUGGGAAUAGGCAUUGGCGUUCUUCUGCUCACUGCUGCUAGCUAUUCUCAAGAUUCAGAAGACUGGCAGUAUGAGGAGUGCAAGCUCUCCAGAACAGGCCCGCCUGCCACCAUUGUAGCCAUAGAUGAGGAGAGCCCUAAUGGAACCCUUCUGGUGGAGAACAUGCAGAUAAACGGUAGAGCAGAAGACCCUGACAGGACCAUCUCUUUAUCUCUACGGGACAACCAUGACUACUGGGUCAUUCUGGAUCCCAUCAAGCAACGCCUGUAUCUGAACAGCACCGGACGAGUUCUGGACCGUGAUCCUCCCUCCUACAUUCAGUCCAUUGUAGUGCAGGUUCAAUGUACUAAUGAGCUUGUUGGCACGGUGAUCCUACACGAAGUGCGGAUAGUCAUACGGGAUCGAAACGACAACACCCCACGCUUUCAGCAGCCACGCUACUAUGUAGCGAUUAAUGAGUUAACUCCUGUCGGAACCACCAUCUUCUCAGGUUUUACAGGGAACAACGGGGCUGUUGACAUUGAUGAUGGUCCUAACGGACAAAUCGAAUACACCAUUCGGUACAACCCUAAAGAUCCGACCACAAACAAGACAUUCGACAUCCCUCUCACCCUGUCAGGAUCGGUGGUUUUGAGAGAGAGGCUGAAUUAUGAAGAGAUCACACGCUAUCUGGUCAUCAUUCAGGCCAACGACCGAGCUCCAAACCCAAAGGACCGGCUCACCGCCACCACCACACUUACGGUGGAUGUGUUGGACGGAGAUGACCUGGGCCCCAUAUUUCUACCUUGCAGCCUGGUAGACAACACCCGUGACUGCAAACCUCUUACCUACCGUGCCAGCAUCCUGGAGCUCACAGAUCCGAGCCGAGUAAACCCUGUCAAUGUGACUCCUCCCAUUCAAGCUGUGGAUCAAGACAGAAACAUCCAGCCACCGUCAGAUCGCCCGGGAAUCCUGUACUCCAUUCUCAUUGGGAAACCUGCGCCAUAUGCAGAGUAUUUCUCGUUGAAUCGGACUACAGCUGAGCUUCAGCUCCUGAAACCCAUCAGCAGAGAACAGUACCAGCAUUUCGACUUGGUAAUCAAGGCAGAGCAGGAUAACGGACACCCUCUCCCAGCGUUCGCUAAUCUCCACAUUGAGGUCCUUGAUGAGAACAAUCAGGCGCCGUACUUCCAGGUGGCCACUUAUCAUGGAUUCAUCUCAGAGUCUGCUCCGCUGGGCACAACUAUCUCGAGCAGUGCCAAUCUCUCCACCCCCCUCGCCAUUAUCGCCCUGGAUAACGACAUCGAGGAGAUGAAAGAUCCCAUGGUGCACAUCUCUCUGGACAACUACAACAGCAUCUUUGCAGUGACGCCCAGUGGGAUAGCACGCUAUCUGACACUGCUGAGGCCUGUGGACCAUGAAGAACAGCCGAGUUAUGCCUUCACGAUGAUUGCCUCAGAUGGAGUUCAGGAGAGCUCUCCAGUCACUGUUAAUAUCACCGUGAUUGAUGCCAAUGACAACACACCCACCUUCCCCAACGUCUCCUACAGUGUGAAUGUUUACACAGACAUGCAACCCGGGGACACAGUCCUACAGCUGACAGCAGUGGAUGCUGAUGAAGGUCCCAACGGGUUGGUGAGCUACAAAAUCUUGGCUGGGGAUCAAGGACACUUCACCAUCAAUGACUGUACAGGAGUGAUCACCGUGACGCCCGGUGUCAACCUGACCGUGGGCCGCUCCUAUGCCCUCACCGUUAGGGCCUCAGACAACGGACCUUCAUCCCAGAGAAGAAGUUCCAUCACUACAGUGUAUAUCGAAGUGCUGCCCCCCAACAACCAGAGCCCUCCCCGUUUCCCUCAGCUCAUAUACAGCCUGGAGAUCAAUGAGGCCAUGAGGACUGGAGCCACGCUGCUCAACAUACAGGCAGCCGACCGUGAAAGAGAUCCCAUUACAUAUACCGUCCUGAGAGGAGAUCCAAACAACGUCUUUGAAGUCUCCCAGACGUCUGGGCUGUUGUUGCUGGCGAAGAAUCUGGACAGAGAAAUCACGGAUCACUACACGCUAACGGUCACAGCCUCCGAUGGCAAACCAGAUGGGACCUCGACUGCUACAGUGAAUAUAGUGGUGACUGAUGUCAAUGAUAAUGACCCUGAGUUCGAUCCUCUGCUGCCCCUUAAUCUCACAGUUCAAGAGGAAGAGGCAAAUGCUUUUGUGGGUCAAGUAAAGGCCACUGAUCUGGACCUGGGCAUUAACGGGCAGGUCCGUUACCGACUGGUCAGUCACACAGAUCUCUUCAGGAUCAGCACUGAUGGCAGCAUCUUCACAGCUGUUCCUCUGGAUCGUGAGGAGAGGGCUCAGUAUGAUUUGGUUGUGCAGGCUUCGGAUGGGGCCAAGGACCCUCGCCGAACCACCAUUACACUCUCCAUCAAAGUGCUGGACGUGGAUGACAACAGCCCAGUCUUCUCGCAGCCUGCCUAUCACGUCACACUGCCAGAAAACAGCCCAGUGGGCAUGGUCAUCCUCAAUAUCAGUGCACUGGACCCCGAUCUGGAUGCGAACGUCACAUACCGUAUCAGGACCGAGGAGGCCAGAGAGCUGUUUUCAGUGAACCCCCUCACUGGAGAGCUGAUGGUGCUUCGCUCACUUGAUUUUGAGAAACUCUUACCUAAUGGGACGACACGCACCUUCAUAGUGGAGGCUGUGGAUGGCGGAAGUGGCAAAAUGCCCCCGGGGUUGGCUUCUGUUACCGUCACUGUAUUGGACAUGAACGACUUCCCACCAGUGUUCAGCCAAAUGCUGUAUCGGGGGGUCGUGGCACCCAACGCAAUCAAGGGGACCGUAGUGACCACUGUGCUUGCUGAGGACCUGGACCCACCGGGUACAGCGGCUAGUCGAGUUCACUAUAAAGUGGAUUUGGAGCAGUUUCCUUACAGCACUAGUAUCUUCGACGUGGAGGAGAACUCAGGCCGUGUUCUCACCAGGGUCAAUCUGAAUGAGGAGCCCAACACUAAAUUCAGUUUGGCGAUUAUUGCCUAUGAUGACGGGGAGCCGAUGAAGUUCAAUAAGACUCUGGUGGAGAUCACUGUCCUGCAGCCAUCCAUUAUUCCUGUGUUCACGCAGGAGGAGUACAGGUUCUCUCCGAUCAGCGAGAAUGCCCCCGUGGGAACGGUCACAGGAGUCAUCUUGGCGGCUGCCAUAAACCAGACCAUCGUCUACUCCAUCAUCGAAGGAAAUGAAGGCGGUGAAUUCGUCAUGAACAACAUCACUGGAGUUAUCAGCACUGCCAAGCCACUGGACUACGAGAGCAACAGCAGUUACGUCCUCCGCGUGGAAGCCGACUCCAUGAGGGUGGUGUCGUCCAACCUACGAGCCCCAUCCAAAAGCAACACAGCAAAGGUCUUCAUUGAUGUGCAAGAUGAGAACGACCAUCCUCCGGAGUUCACUAAGCCCUUUUACCUCGGUGGGGUUGCAGAGGAUGCCAAGACCUUCACCUCUGUUUUACAGGUCCAGGCUCUGGAUAAGGACACAGGGAAUUUCAGCGCCAUGCUGUAUAGGCUGAUUAUCCCCCCUACUACUGACGGCAAAGACGGCUUUGUUAUUGAGCCCUUCACAGGCGUAAUUAAGACAGCCAUCAUGUACAGGAACAUGCGGCGCUCCUACUUUAAAUUUGAUGUGGUUGCUACAGACGACUACGGGAAGGGACUCAGCAGCAGCGCUCAAGUGGUGGUGUCAGUGGUUAACCAGCUGGACAUGCAGGUGGUUGUAUCCAACGUGCCGCCCACUGUAGUUGAACAGAACAAGGAUCAGCUGAUUGGGAUUUUAGAGCGCUACGUCCAGGACCAGAUCCCAGGAGCUAAAGUAGUUGUAGAGUCAAUCGGGCCCCGGCGUUUUGGCGAGGGUUAUGAACAGGAGGACUACUCCAAAUCUGACCUGAUGGUUUAUGCAAUCGACCCUCUGACCAACAGAGCUCUCUCAAGACAGGAGCUCUUCAAGUUUUUAGAUGGGAAGUUAUUGGACAUCAAUAAGGAGUUUCAGCCCUACCUAGGUCGCGGAGGACGCAUUCUGGAGAUCCGCACACCGGAUGUGGUGGAGAGCGUGAAGAAGGCGGUUCAGUCUGUUGGAUACACCGAAGGAGCCCUGCUGGCCCUGGCCGUCAUCAUCAUCAUGUGCUGUAUCCCAGCCAUUCUUAUCGUCAUCAUCACCUACCGACAAUUCAAAGAACGGCAGGCAGAAUGUGCAAAAACAGCCAGGAUCCAAAUGGCGCUUCCCACCGGCAAAUCCGGAGGUGCUGCCACCAACAAUCUGUAUGAAGAGCUCGGCGACAGCACCAUGAGAGGCUACGGGCAUCAAGAGCAACAGCAGUUGCUUCGGCCCUCUCUGUUGAGACCAGAGGAACUCUCUAUGGAGUCUGGCAUUGACCCAGGACAAGACUAUUAUACACAGGAUUACUAUAACUAUGACCAUGGCUAUGACUUGCCUCAGUAUGGAAGUCGACGGAAGCUGAUCUCUCCUACAGGGAUGUAUGAUGAAUAUGGAGAGGUAAUUAUGGAAGAUGACGGCAGCUACUACUACAGCCCACACGAAUCUGAGGGAGAGGUUGUGAGGCAAGGCAGAAGGCUAGCUCCACCGCCAGGCAAGUCUUCACCACGGAGGGCCCCUAGACUAGCUUUUGGAGAUCAGCCUCCAAGGCUUGAGAAACACCUGCCUGGACCAGCUCAGGGCAUCACACAUCCUUACAGCUCAAAGGCUGAAGCUACACUAAAAGCACCCAUGCAACUCAGCCAAUUUUUUGACAAAAGGUCCGGCCCAGCUCCAGCUCCAUUCCACCUUCCGUGGAAGAACAACAAAAUAUUUCCGAUUGUAGUUCCUGAGGAGAAAGCAGGAAGUACUGAUGACCCCAAACCAAACAGGAUGCAGCAUUCAAACAGUGUGGACAAUGGCAUGGUCAUUGAUGGCAGCUAUUUCCAAACUAAAGAAGCAAUGCCUUCUGCAAAGACAAGACUUGGCAAAGUUUUGAGUCAGAUGAACAUCUUUAAAACAUUGCAGACUCAAAAGAACACUCUGAGCAGCAUUAGUGGGACUGUAGAUCAUGGGAGUAAUGGGAACGCCUCAAUCUCUUGGGUACUCAACGAGUCAGAGAGGGAAUCACAGAGGAUCCCUAGUGAUAUUGUGGAAAGUGAGCAAGAAAGAGGCAGAAACAGGGAAGACAUCAUUCAGCAGUCAUACACUGGAAGUGCCAUGUCAUUCACACCUCAUCAUCCAUACAGACUCCAGGAAGGAGCACAUAUGAGUAGUUUAGACUCCGAUGAUGAUCAAGACCAGAGUCCUUUUGAUUCAGACAGGGAGAGCCAAAUAAAAACUCCGCUAGAUGACACUGAAAUAGAGUCAAGGACUGAAUCAGACUCAGAUCAAGACACAGAGAUUGAGACAGAACAAGAGUCAGACACAGAGAGAACAUCUGAGACGGAAAAUGAUUCUGAAUCCGGACAAGAGGCUGCAAAGGAGUCAAGCUCUGAGGAAGGUAGCAACGGAAAAGAGAGUGUCAAAUCAGAGGAAAGAGGAACGGUGUCAUCUGUCAGGUCUUCCCAGUCCAGACACAGCAGUACAACCUCUGAAAGCAUCAAUUUAAAAGCUGGUUUUCCCAGCAGUGGUACCCAGAGAUCAGCAACCUACAGGCAACAGAGCAGCAGAUCAUCUCGAGAACCUGCGACUACUUUCAUCCACACCAAACCAUUAGAAGAGACCAUCCUGAAGGAGGAUGAAGAUAAUGAAGAAGGCAAAGGGCAGUUGAAAGAAGGUGACUCUGAGAGCCAAAAUAAGGAUCCAAAGUCCUCUAUGUCUAAAAGCAGCCAUUCUCCGGAAAGUAGAAGAGAUUCGAGCUUCCACAGCAUGAGCAGCUUCUCAAUGACUAGCAGUAGUGUAGCAAGGGCUUUAGAGAUCGACAAACUUUCUCCAAUAGAUGAGAACGAAGAAGGUGAAAUGACUCCAGAGAGAGUUGGCAGCCCUGGUGAUAGUUCAGUCUCUUCGGAUGGAGCAAGAAUCCUUAAAGUAGAUGGGGAGGAUGAGGAUUCUAAUUCAGAUGCAGCUGAGACUGUCGGUGCCUCCUGAAUUAUAUUCUGAUAUGUUCAGUAAGACUAGCCAUUGCCUUUAUUUCUUGUGUUGAACUUUUUAUUGGCCUUUUGAAUGCCCUCAUCUGAUUGGAGUUGUUCUUCUUGUCUUUCUCUCGCUGAGCACAACUUGGCAUUUCUCCUUAACCUUUGCUGAAUAACAUGCAUGCUCUUUCCUUUGUAGUCUUACCUUUACAGGUCACCCUUCAAAAGUUUAAGUCAGCAAUUAAUGUUCAGAUCAAAAUUAGGUUGGUUUUCGUUGUUGAAAUAACCUGUAAUCCAAUGCCAGUUGGUUAUUGAGCACAUUACUUUUAAUGAGCUCAUGAAAGGACAUGAAGUGUUGUGUGUGUGUGUGUGUGUGUGUGUUUGGUUGUUUUGCUUUUUAAUGCAGUGGUGGUCUGGGAGGGAAUUUUCUGGGGAAGCUGAUGUGUAAAUUUUUAAAAAUCGUCUUAAUAAUUAACAACAUAAUGAUUUUCCAGAUCACCAGCCCAAAGUUUGUCAUAUGAAACAAAAUGGAACAUAUUACACAGUGCCACCUACAAACAUGUAUGAAUGAAUGGACAGCCCUAUUCAUCAGACAAAUGGCAAUGAGUAUAUCACACAUGAAAGAAAAAACUUUUUUACACUUUUAUCCAUAUUAUAUGCACGUUAGUGGUAAAUCAGUAACAACAACAGUUAAUAUUACAGCUUUAGUUGUGCGUUUUUGAAAAGGCUCUGCCUCCCUUGCCUCCUCGGACAGACCACCACUGUUGUGUGCUGUGUAAAAUAAAAUAAAAAAACUUGUAAUUGUGUAGUCAUCUGACACUCCUGUUUUCUUU